UAACCAGUAAAGCUGCAGGAACUGUGGUCACUUCUAGAGCACCUGAGGUCACCACUGCAACAACAUUUGAUUUUUGUGUGAAUGGUCUGAACAACUGUGAUGUUAAUGCCACAUGUGAGAGUAUUCCUGGUUCAUUUAAAUGCCAAUGUAAAGCUGGAUUUAUGGGCGAUGGUAUUCAGUGUCAAGACAUGGAUGAGUGUUAUGAAGGCAACAAUAACUGUGAUACAAAUUCAUUAUGUCAAAACACUGCUGGUUCAUAUCGCUGUCAUUGUCAAUCUGGUUAUUCUGGUGAUGGGGUGACUUGUUUAGAUAUCAAUGAGUGCGCUGAUAAAAGUCCCUGUAGCCGAAAUGCUAUAUGCAUCAAUUCUGUUGGAUCCUAUUUUUGCAGUUGUAAUGAAGGAUUUKUAGGGAAUGGAACACAGUGUGAUGAUUUUAACGAAUGUUCAGGCAACAUCAAUGAUUGUCAUGAAGAUGCCAAAUGUAUCAAUACCAUUGGUUCUUAUAAAUGUCAAUGCAUUUCUGGUUACGUUGGGGAUGGGUAUAAAAACUGUAAAAUCUCAGCUGUUGGGAAGUGUAAACCAGAAUGCAGUGAAAAUGCGAACUGUAUCAAAGAAGAAAUGGAUAGUACUCCUGAUUGUGUUUGUAAGAAGGGAUAUGAUGGAGAUGGCCUGACAUGUGAUGAUAUAAAUGAGUGCACAGAAGGAAAGACCCAAUGUUCUCUACAUGCUAAAUGUAUCAACAGUGAUGGAUCUUAUACAUGUCGCUGCAAUGAUGGAUACACUGGAGAUGGAUUUCAAUGCCAAGAACAGAAAAGUACAGCAGUGCCUGUACAUACAACAGAAGUGACUACAACAACACCUACUGCUGCAUACACAGGAUCCAUUCUAGUAACAACAACCAAGCCCUUAGAUUUAUGUGCCAAUGGGAGUCACGAUUGCCAUCCUAAUGCAUAUUGCGUGACAACCCCUGGUUCUUAUAGUUGUAGAUGUAAAAAAGGAUUUACUGGCAAUGGUAAAGAAUGUGAAGAUCGAAAUGAAUGCUCUGAUGGAUCCUCAAAAUGUGAUGAGAAUGCGCUAUGUUUAAACACUCUCUCAUCUUAUCGGUGCAAUUGUGACAUUGGAUUUACUGGUGACGGAUUCAUUUGUGAAGAUGUCAAUGAGUGUGAAAAAUAUCCAUGUAGUCCUAAUGCUCGUUGUGAAAACAGUCGUGGAUCAUAUGAUUGUAAAUGUAAUCAAGGAUUCGUAGGCAAUGGAACACAAUGUGAUGGUAAUGUCAGUUACAUGAUUAUAUCCCUUCCAGCUAUAGGACAGUGUGUACAGGAAUGUGGCCAAAAUGCUGAUUGUGUCAUAGAAGAAGACAGAAGUCAGUGUAUUUGCAGGAAAGGGUUCACUGGAGAUGGUUUCAAAUGCACAGAUGUGAAUGAAUGUGAUAACGAAGACAGCUGCAAUAGUAAUGCUGUUUGCACAAACACAGUAGGUUCUUUUGUAUGCCGUUGCUCUAAGGGCUAUGUCAAAGACGGAACAUCAUGCAUAGAUCGCGAUGAGUGUGCAGAUGGUAGUCAUACUUGUAGUAGCAACUCCAUAUGUACAAACACCAGAGGGUCAUACGUUUGCCGAUGCAAGAAGGGAUAUACAGGAGAUGGGCAAUCUUGCACAGAUAUGGACGAAUGCAGUCUAAAUACUCAUGGCUGCAGUGAAAAAGCMGUUUGCACUAAUACUCAAGGCUCUUAUGCUUGYCGAUGCAUGAAAGGAUUCAGUGGAAAUGGGGCUGUUUGCUCAGAUAUAGAUGAAUGCAUCCUUGAAGAUCACAAUUGUGACAUCAAUGCAAAGUGUGUGAAUAACAUCGGGUCCUAUACCUGUGAGUGCAACACUGGAUAUGAGGGAGAUGGGAGAAAUUGUUCAGGUAACUUAUGUAUCCAUCAUUUUUACUAA